UUAGAGCGCCCUACCGGAGCUCCUCCAAAAGUGCAGCGCUGUGUGCGGCUGUAUGCGCUUUCUUGUCUGUAGAUGAUGAUAACAGAUUUUAUUGAUUGGUGGAUAAUUAGCUAAUAAGUCACUUUUCAAGAUGACCAAGUUGGGGUUUUUGCGGCUCUCCUAUGAGAAACAGGACACUCUUCUGAAGCUGCUCAUUCUGUCUAUGGCAGCGAUUCUCUCAUUCUCGACCAGACUUUUCUCCGUGUUGAGAUUCGAGAGUGUCAUCCAUGAGUUUGAUCCGUAUUUCAACUACCGCACAACCCGCUUCUUGACUGAGGAGGGCUUCUACAAAUUUCACAAUUGGUUUGAUGACCGCGCCUGGUAUCCUCUGGGAAGAAUUAUUGGGGGGACCAUCUACCCAGGCCUGAUGGUCACCUCUGCAGCCCUGUACCACUUGCUCCAUUUCUUCCAUGUGACCAUUGACAUCAGGAACGUCUGUGUGUUCCUGGCUCCCCUCUUCUCAUCCUUCACAGCACUGGUCACGUACCACCUCACCAAGGAGCUCAAGGAUGCAGGGGCUGGGCUACUGGCAGCUGCCAUGAUCGCGGUGGUGCCUGGAUACAUCUCUCGCUCCGUCGCGGGCUCCUAUGAUAAUGAAGGCAUUGCCAUAUUCUGUAUGCUGUUGACAUACUACAUGUGGAUCAAGGCUGUGAAGACUGGCUCCAUUUACUGGUCAUCAGUGUGUGCCCUGGCCUACUUCUACAUGGUGUCGUCGUGGGGCGGGUAUGUGUUCCUGAUUAACCUGAUCCCGCUGCACGUUCUGGUGCUAAUGCUGACCGGCCGAUUCUCCCACCGCAUCUACGUGGCCUACUGCACCGUCUACUGCCUGGGCACCAUCCUCUCCAUGCAGAUCUCCUUCGUUGGCUUCCAGCCAGUGCAGUCUUCAGAGCACAUGGCGGCGUUCGGCGUGUUCGGCCUGUGCCAGAUCCAUGCCUUUGUGGACUACCUGAGGAGCAAGCUGAACGCCCAGCAGUUUGAGAUCCUCUUCAAGAGCGUCAUCUCUCUGGUUGGCAUCGUGCUGUUGUCUGUUGGUGCAGUCCUCAUGUUGACCGGUAAGAUCUCCCCGUGGACGGGUCGUUUCUACUCGCUGCUGGACCCCUCGUACGCCAAGAACAACAUCCCCAUCAUCGCCUCCGUCUCCGAGCACCAGCCCACCACCUGGUCCUCCUACUACUUUGACCUGCAGCUCCUCGUCUUCAUGUUCCCUGUUGGUCUGUACUACUGCUUCAACAACCUGUCGGAUGCCAGGAUCUUCAUCAUCAUGUACGGAGUCACCAGCAUGUACUUCUCCGCUGUCAUGGUGCGUCUGAUGCUGGUGCUGGCCCCAGUCAUGUGCAUCCUGUCCGGCAUCGGCGUCUCCCAGGUGCUCACCACCUACAUGAAGAACCUGGACGUCAGCCGGCCUGACAAGAAGACCAAGAAGCAGCAGGACUCCACGUACCCCAUCAAGAACGAGGUUGCCAGUGGCAUGAUCCUGGUGAUGGCGUUCUUCCUGAUCACGUACACGUUCCACUCCACCUGGGUGACGAGCGAGGCCUACUCCUCGCCCUCCAUCGUGCUCUCGGCCCGCGGCGGAGACGGCAGCCGCAUCAUCUUCGACGACUUCAGAGAGGCCUACUACUGGCUGCGCCACAACACCCCAGAGGAUGCCAAGGUGAUGUCGUGGUGGGAUUAUGGGUAUCAAAUAACUGCAAUGGCUAACCGGACCAUCCUAGUAGACAACAAUACCUGGAACAACACGCACAUCUCCAGAGUCGGCCAGGCCAUGGCGUCCACUGAGGAGAAGGCCUAUGAGAUCAUGAGGGAGCUGGACGUCAGCUACGUCCUCGUCAUCUUCGGAGGACUCACGGGAUACUCGUCAGACGACAUCAACAAGUUCCUGUGGAUGGUGCGUAUCGGCGGCAGCACGGACACGGGGAAGCACAUCAAGGAGCACGACUACUACACGGCCACCGGGGAGUUCCGCGUGGACCGCGAGGGCUCCCCUGUGCUCCUCAACUGCCUCAUGUACAAGAUGUGCUACUACCGCUUCGGACAGGUCUACACCGAGGCCAAGCGUCCUCCUGGCUAUGACCGAGUACGCAACGCAGAGAUCGGCAAUAAAGACUUUGAGUUGGAUGUCCUCGAGGAGGCCUACACCACAGAACACUGGCUGGUUAGGAUAUACAAGGUGAAAGAUUUGGAUAACCGCGGCCUGUCUCGAACGUAAAAUUGCACGAGAACCAAAUUACCAUUCACCUCAGAGCGUUGAAAGCCUUCCCCUGUUUUCUACAGAUGGUUAUGAUUUUUGUAUUUUAGUAUAGAAAAAAAAAUGUUUUUGUUCUUUUUCAUUGGGAAUUGUGUAAUUGGAUGAUUAUGACGGAAGAUGACGAGACUACACUACUGUAUCAAGUCAAACUGAUGAGAUUUGAAGUUGUUUCUGCACUGUUGACGUUGAAUCAGUGAAAUAAAUGGACAUGAUGGUGGGGAAAACA